AUGAAGACACCCAUAGGACUUUUUGCCGUCAGGCGUCCGUCGGGAACCUCAACAACGGUUGUCAGAUCAGACAAGCGCACCUACGGGAAACCGACCAGGCCCAGACUCGGGGCGGCCAACUCACCACAAGUGACGAUACCCGGGGCGAGCGACACCGUUCCCUUGGUUCAUAAUCCGACCGCAUCACGAGCGCCCGUGGAAGGUUCUCCUCUGUCGGGUUUGUCGACGGGCACACUGCUCAGGUCGUUGCUCAUCACCACGAUCUCGUCCCACCGCCUCCUCCUCAUCCCGGCGCUCAAGACCCUGUCAUUCCUCGCCAAGCCGGGACGGCCGGCGAUCCUCAGCGUCGACCGCAACCCGGUGCUGCACGCCAUCUUGCGCAAAACGUUUUACGACCAGUUCUGCACGGGGGAGACGGCAGCCGAGACGCGGGCGUGCGUGCAGCGGCUCAAGGGCCUGGGGUUCCGCGGUAUCAUCCUGACAUACGCAAAGGAGACUGUGUUUGACCACCUGACGCAGUCGGCCGUCGAGCACGGGAAGGUCUCUGGCGCGUCGGUUGGCGGGUUCGAUGCCGACAUUGAGGAUUGGAAAAGAGGCACACUGGAAACCGCGGCGCAGAUUGAGGAAGGGGACUUCCUCGCCAUCAAGUUGACCGGGGCAGGCCGCGCUGUCACUUCCGCCUUUGCGGCUGAUGAGCUCCCGCCGAAGCAAAUGCAAGACGCCCUGAACGAGAUAGCCACGACUUGCAAGCAUCGCGGUAUCAAGAUCAUCGUCGACGCAGAGUCGACCCAUUUUCAGAAGACCAUCGACAGAGUCACGCUGGAGCUCAUGCGUCGGUUCAACAGGGAAGGGACCGCUGCUGUUUACAACACCUACCAGGCCUACCUCAAACACACGCCUGACAACAUCGCCAGUCACCUCUCCGAGGCGGCCAAGGAUGAAUUUACUCUGGGUCUCAAACUUGUGAGGGGAGCUUACAUCCUUUCCGACAACAGAUCGUUGAUCCACGACACGAAGGAGGACACCGAUGCGGCGUACAACUCCAUCUCCCAAGGCGCUGUCAAGAGACAUAUUGGGGAGUUCGGCAGCCAGGACCCCGGGUCCAAAGCCUUCCCUUCGGUAGACCUGCUUCUCGCGAGCCACAACAAGGAGAGCCUCUUCGCCGCGCUGGAGCUCCACCAGGAACGCCUGAGGAGCAACCUGCCCACGGUGCCCAUCUCCUUCGGCCAGCUCCACGGCAUGUCGGAUGAGGUCAGCUUCUCGCUGCUUCGGGCCGGGAGCCCGAGAGACGGCCUGGAGGGGCCGAGCGUAUACAAAUGCUCGACGUGGGGGACGAUGGGCGAGUGUCUGGCGUAUCUGCUGAGGAGGGCGGUGGAGAAUCGGGACGCGGUGCUGAGGACGACAGACGAGCACCGCGCUGUCAAGAGCGAGUGUUGGAGGCGGAUAAGCUCAGUCUUUUCCGUCUAG